AUGUACAGGAAAACAUUCCACAACCAAUUGUUGUUGAUGCCCCUAAAGAAGCUGAUGAGACAGAUGUUCAGAUGGAGAAGAAAGUGGAGGAGGAAGUUGUUCACGGAGACAACAAGUCAAGUAGCUCUAGCAGCUCCAGCAGUGUAUCUGGAUCCUCUUCUAGUGAUUCUGAUAGUGAUAGUUCAUCUGGAGCAGGAUCUGAUGCAGGUCAUUCUUCAAAGGCAUGAUUGCAACAAGAAGAUUUCUGAACCUGCACCAAGUGGUACUUAUUUGUAGAAGAUGAAGAUGUAACAUAUGGAGCAAAUGUACAACUCUUAAUGCAUGAGGUGCAAAUCACUAUUGCUUCGAAUUUAGGUGAAAGGAUGUAGUGUUUGUUGUUGUAUCUGUAACUGUUAAGUUGUAAACUUAUUUUGGCACGUGAAGUAUGUAAUCAACACUGAAGUAAGUUUGUAGUGUCUUAGAAUUAGUGACAGUUUGUUUCAGGUUGGUUAAUUUAACUGUCUGUUUUAAGAGCUUCUGUGUAUUGCAUAAAAAGCUCACUUAACUUCCCCU